ACGGUGAAAGGAAGAGAGAGAGAGAGAGAGAUAAAGAGAGCGAUAGAGGGGGGGAGUGGGACACACAGACAGGCAGAGAGGUUAGAGUGAAUUUAACAUCAGAGGUGAUGUCAUUGGUGUCUUUGAUGGUUUGGUUUAAAAGGUUUAUUCAGAGAGUGAUGUCCACAAAAAGCUGUUCCAGCAUUUCUUCUGAGAUGAUGACCUGAACUGACAUCAAGGACUGCGGGAGAAGGACCCAAUAGAAUAAUCUCACACUUAAUCCAGGUAACUUUAAGAACUAGUCAUGAUGAUGGAUCGAGCUGUACUGCUCGUUUUCUGCUGUCUAGUGAUGUCUGUAUCAGUUGCCCCACUCUACCCAUCUAUUAGGUUUGGUCAGAGGGACACGUCCAUCCUGAUGACCUCUAUAGAGCAUCCCAUGCAACUGCUGGAAGAAAACAGCACUCCCUUGACGCAAAAAGCCGAACUGCGAUCAGGAAGACAUGCUGAUGCUAUCUUUACCAACAGCUACAGGAAGGUUCUAGGUCAAAUCUCAGCCAGGAAAUUCCUACAGAGCAUCAUGGGAAAACGUCUACAAGAAGGCCGGAGCUAUAAUGUGAAAUGCCAGUCAGACAUUUACGAGGGCACCUACAAACAGGAUCUGACAUCUGUUCAGAGAAAACAGAGUUACAGAGGACAGCAAAACAAUUUCAAGAUGCCAAGACUUCUAUGUAGUGAAUGUAAGCGAGGACAAAGUGAAGACAAGAAGUGUUUAUCUCCAACCCUAAUGACCUGAAAAUGUCAAAAUAAAAAAUUAAGCUAUUUUACUAUCAAAGCUUUGAGUCAAGAAAAUCAAUGUCCCUCAGUUCAUACACUCUGGCAAACAAUUGUACUAAAGGAUAUGUAACCAGUUUUCACAAUAAAGCAACGAG